CAACUCCUUUCACAGCAAGCAUUUACAUUUCAAAGUUAAAGAAUUUUGGUCCUAAAAAGAUUUCAAUAUGGCCAACCUUUUGAGCUGUGUCUUUGUUCUUUCCUUGCUUGCUUUUGCUCCACUUUGUCUGUGUAGUAGAAAUGGUGGCUAUGGGUCUCUGUUCCCUCAGUUUUAUGACCAUUCCUGCCCCAAAGCUAAAGACAUAGUGAAGUCCAUUCUGGCAAAGGCUUUUGCAAGAGAAGCUCGUAUUGCUGCUUCUAUCCUUAGACUUCACUUCCACGACUGUUUUGUUCAGGGGUGUGAUGCAUCUUUACUAUUGGAUAGUAGUGGAAGCAUUCAGAGUGAAAAGAACUCGAACCCAAAUAGGAACUCUGCCAGAGGGUUUGAGGUGAUUGAUGAGAUCAAAUCUGCACUGGAGAGAGAGUGCCCACAAACUGUUUCUUGUGCUGAUAUCUUGGCUCUGGCUGCAAGAGACUCCACUGUCAUUACGGGUGGACCCUAUUGGGAGGUCCCAUUGGGGAGGAAGGACUCCAGAAGUGCAAGUUUGAGUGGGUCCAACAACAACAUUCCAGCUCCAAAUAACACUUUCCAAACCAUUCUCUCAAGAUUCCAAAACCAAGGCCUUGACAUCGUUGAUCUUGUUGCCUUAUCUGGAGGGCACACCAUAGGAAAUUCGAGGUGCACCAGCUUCAGGCAGAGGCUGUACAACCAGAACGGCAACGGGCAACCGGACAAGACCCUUCCGCAGCCGUAUGCGGCGGAGCUCCGGGGGCGGUGCCCGAGAUCAGGCGGAGACAACAACCUGUUUUUUCUGGACUUGUUCAGCCCGACAAAGUUCGACAACAGCUAUUUCAGGAACAUAGUUGCUUACAAAGGGCUCCUCAACUCCGACCAAGUUCUCCUCACCGGAAACGACAUGUCGGCUGCUUUGGUUAAGAAAUAUGGAGAAGACAGCGAGGCGUUCUUCCAGCAAUUCGCCAAAUCUAUGAUCAAGAUGAGCAAUAUCUCGCCGUUGACCGGCUCCACUGGAGAGAUCAGAAAAACUUGCAGGAAAGUCAACAAUUAAACUUGGGUUUCGUGGAGACUACUGCAUAUUUUUCUGGAUUUUAUCACCUUUUUUUUUUCUUUUCUUUUUAAGAUUACAAAUACGUGUCUGAUCUGAUCUGGGUUUUGUUUCCUUUACUUUCUGAUGUGCGUGUGUUGACUCUUCAUUGGCCUCUAUGUAUUUGCUAUAAUUUAUAGUUCUUUUUCACUAUAUUGCGAAAAAGUUGUCUGUUAAAGAAUGAAUGAAUGAGCAACCUUUAAUUAA